AUGGAAUAUGCACCAAAUGCAGAAUCAAAUAUAUUAUGUUUACCAAUAUUAUUUAAUAAAAUUUUACAAGAGACAAUAGCAAUAGUUGAGGGAAACGGUACAAUUCGUCGGCCAAUUGAAGUUGACUUAACACAAAAAAUUGUGGGUUUAAUUAACACGAUUAUAAAUGAAAUAAAUUUUGAAUUACUCCCGAAAUCACUUGAAAUUCCUGGGAAUUACGUAACACUUGAACGGUUCCAUACUUUUAUUAUUAUCUUAUUGACAAUGUUUUAUUAUGAUGAACAAAAACAUCACUUUAAUCAACAAAUUUUGACAUUAAAUAAAGAAAAACCAACACUAUUAACUUAUUUUAUUAGUAUGGUUGUACCAGAUGCACAAUGUGAUAACGAAGGAGCUGAAAUUUUUGCAAAUAAAGUGAAAAAUGCUGUACAAUCGAGUUUAGUGCGUGAUGCGCAAAUUAUAAUAACACGUAUCAUUGAAAUACAACAACAUUUAAAUCGAAAACAGAUUCAAAUAAUUUGUGAUGGGAAAUUAUAUGCAGCAACAAAUGACGACGAUUGGUUAUUUCGUUAUAUUGAUGCACCGACGGAUAUCAUCAUAGAAGAAUUCCAGAUAUUAUGGAAAGAAUUGAGUUUUUUUAAUCGUAUUGAAUUUAUGAUGUCCUCGUUUGUAAAUGAGGGUUCAUCUGUACAAUAUAUUGAUGAUAUAUUCUUAGCGUCAGGUGGUAUUGCUGCAGAUAAUUUAACAAAUAAAGGUCAAUGUAUGGUUUUAUUACUGUAUGCUUAUUUAUCUGGUAAUAAAAUACAGCCAGGAACAUCAUAUACUGUGUUUAAUGAGAAUUAUAUAUUGAAAGCAAAAGGACUGAAAUUACUUGAAAAAUUACCAACACCAAGUCAAAAAUUAGCCAGCCUGAUUAAUGGAAUGAAAGAUAUUGAUAACUCUAAUAAUAAUCGAACAACAGUCGCUUCAAUAAAAAAUUUGCAUGUCUUCCUUCAAAGUAUUAUAGAUGCUAAAAAAACAAUUGAAGAUACGUACGAUGAAACUCCAACUACAUUUGAUGCCUAUGAUAAAGAUCAAAUUUAUAACAAAUUAUUGGAUAAAGUACCUGGGUGUACCUCAAAAUGUCCAUGUUGUCAACGACCCUGUGACAUUGACCAUACUUUAAUCAAAUCAAAUGCAGGCGAUGAAGACAACCGUCAUUGUUGUCAAACUGGUCAUCAAUUACGAGCAAUGGCUGGUAUUAAAUUUGAAGUUUCAAAUGAAGCAUCAUUAUUCCAGUGCGAACAGAUGACAGAUGACAGACCAAUUGUUGUUCGAGAUACAAAGAAAAAAUGGUUGGAAUUCAAAACCGAUUAUCCUGAUGGGGAUUUUGAAAAUACAGCACAAGCUGCGGCAAAAUCAUUUCAUUAUAUAUUAUUACUUGAUGCAUCCGGAUCAAUGAGUGGUGAACCAUUGAGUAAUUUACUUGACGGUGUUAGAGAAUUCAUUAAGAUUCGUGUUGAUUCCGGUUCAUCAGAUCGUAUAACGAUUAUCGUAUUUAAUAGCAAUGCAAAGUACGCUUACUUUAAUGAAGACAUGAAAUCAAUUGAUAUAACCAAAAUAGAGUUUACAAGUGGCAGAACAGAUUUCGGCAAUGCAUUUGAUCUGGUAAUUAAAACCAUUCGGAAUACACAAAUGCAGAGUUCAGCAUAUAAUCCUUUUGAGCACUCAGAUUACGUCAUUAUUUUUAUGAGCGACGGACAGCGAGGGUUUCCUUUUAGUCAAAUGGAAACAUUAUCAGCCAUGAAAAUUAUGAUUAAUCAAUUUUGGACUGUUGCUCUUGGUAAUACCAGUAUGAAUGUUUUACAACAGAUAAAUCAAAAAAUGAAUGGAACAUUCAAAGAGUUAAAAGAUUCUACUGAUUUUGUUUAUGCUUAUGCUGAGAUUGCUUAUUUAUCUUUCUAA